UUCCACCAAAACUUAAAUAGUGGUAUCUUAUAUCAAAAUAAAACUGAGAAUCCUUUUACUAUUAAAAUAGUAAUAAUCUUGACGUAAUAUAUUCUACCAACGGAAUUUUUUAAGUCACAACUUUGAAAUGUCAUUUUGUUAAUCAUGAUAAAAGUGAUAACUAUCUGUGAAACUUGAUGAUAACGUUUCGAAGGCGUAACCUUCGAUAACCAACAUCUGAUAUUAAGUAUAAAUAUGCCCUUUUGCUCGUAAAUAUUUUGCAAAUCGCAGUACUUUAGGAGAUUGUCAAAAUGUCUAAAAACUGUGAAUUUAUAUGCGUAGAGGACUUUGAGAAACAUGCUCUUGCCACUCUACCGAAAUAUGCUGCGGAUUAUUACAGAAGUGGUGCUGACGAAGAACAAACAUUGAAGGAAAACAGAGAAGGUUUUAAAAGGUUACGUUUCAGGCCAAGAUUCCUCAGAGAUGUUUCUACAAGGUUCUUGAAAACCUAUGUCUUGGGCCAUAGUAUCUCCUUUCCUGUCUGCAUUGCUCCCAGUGCAAUGCAUCGCAUGGCCCAUCCUGACGGGGAAGUAGCAACUGUUAAAGCUGCUGCGGCUGAAGGAGUUCCAAUGGUGCUGAGCACAGUGUCUACUACUUCAUUAGAAGAUGUUGCUAAAGCCGCACCAGAAUCUAUUCGAUGGUUGCAAUUGUAUAUAUACAAAGACAGGAAAGUUUCCAGAGAGCUAAUUAUUCGAGCAGAAAAAGCAGGAUAUUUGGCUAUAGUCCUUACAGUCGAUGCACCUGUGUUUGGACAUCGUUGGGCAGAUACCAGAAAUAAAUUUUCCCUUCCUCCUCAUUUGAAACUUGGAAAUUUUUCUGAUGUUGGAAUGGAUAAAGUAACAGAAACAGACGGUUCUUCUGGCUUAACUAACUACGUCAGUCAAUUAUUUGACCCAUCCAUUUCAUGGAAAGAUAUCAAAUGGUUGAAAGAAAUAACAACUUUACCAAUUUUAUUGAAAGGAAUUUUAACAGCCGAAGAUGCAAAAAUGGCCGUCGAACAUGGAGUGGCUGGCAUUAUCGUAUCCAAUCAUGGUGCAAGGCAGCUCGAUGGAGUUCCUGCUACGAUAGAAGUCUUGCCUGAAAUCGUGCGAGCUGUGGCUGGACGCUGCGAAGUCUACUUGGAUGGUGGAGUUCGUACUGGCACAGAUGUACUCAAGUCUUUAGCUUUAGGAGCAAAAGCUGUAUUUAUUGGAAGGCCAGUAUUGUGGGGUUUGGCAUAUGACGGGGAAGCAGGAGUGAGAAAAGUUCUACAAAUUUUAAGAAAAGAAUUUGAUACAGCUAUGGCUUUAAGUGGUUGCACUAAUCUUCACGAUGUGAAACCAUCUUUGGUAGUAAGACAAGAAUCUUUUUCAAAAUUAUAAGGGCUGAAUUCAGAUAAAAAGUGGAGAAAAACAAUCAAUAUAAUUCUUACAUUUGUAGUACAUCUUUUAUUUUUUAUAUCAAGGAACUGAAGAAUUUUACAAGUUUUAUCAUUCAGAAUGACAGAAUUUAGAGCAAAAGGAAUUGCUGCAACUUUAACAUUUAAAAUUCAAUACAUAUUAUUGUAUGAUCAAUUUCAUUUUUAUUUAUUUUUUAUUUACAAUUCUGAAAAGAAUGUUUAAAUUUAACUUCAAUGUGGAAAUCGAUUCACUGAACUUAUAUAUAAAUAAAUUUUAUAUUUCCUAUA